AUGGAAAGGUCGUGUGUGACCGCCCUCCGGGAGCACUGGGAUGAGGCGAACGCGCGCGUGCUGCAGCGCAAGGCGCAGCUGGACGCGAUGCUCGGCGACUCGCAGCGAUACGAAGCGAGGCGGCGCGAUGCGGACGCGUGGCUGACGCGGAUGGAGACGCGCCUGGCCGCCAUGACGCCGCCCGGGCACACUGCCGACGUGCUCGAGAUGCAGCUCAGGGAACAGAAGUCGUUCCACGCGGAGGUGCACCAGUACAAGCACCAGAUCGAGCUGUUCGGCCAGCUGACGCAGCGGCUGAUCGCCGUCUACCGCAACGACGACACGACGCGCAUCAAACGCGCCACCGAAUCCAUCAACCACCGCUACAACGAGCUCAACAACAGUAUUGUGGCUCGUGGAAAAGCUUUGCAUUCAGCGGUGUCGUCGCUGCAGAACUUCGACCGUUCUCUGGAGAGGUUCGUGGCCUGGCUGAGUGAAGCUGAAUCGUUGCUGGACGCGGCUGAGCGUGAUCCUCAUCUGCUCAAGGUAGGG